AUGAAGAGUCUCAAUUUUGCUCCUAAAAUGAGAACUCUUAGGCAGAGGAUGACAGAACACAUGGUGUCUGUGAGUGAUGAAUCAAGUGAAGAUGAAGCACAAAUUAAGUGGGAAGAACAGCAAAUAAAGAAAGCUGUCAAACUCUCUCAGGAAACUUGUGAUGCUUCCCUACAUAAAUCUCAACCAGCUAAACCAAAGUUUGACACCUCUGUUUCUCUACCACCUGUGAACUUGGAAAUUGUGAAGAAGCAACUGACUGAAAGGAUAACAUUGUUGCAGGAUGUGCACCGUGCCCACCAGAGGGAGUAUGAAAAAUAUAUGCAGGACAUUGAAAGUUCAAAGAUGACUAUCCAGGAGUUAGAGAAGUCUUCGGAUGCAGCACUGCAUUACAAAUUCUACAGGGCCAUGAAAACAUAUGUAGAAAACUUGAUAAACUGUUUGAAUGAAAAACUGAAAUACAUUAACGAUCUAGAAUUGACUGUGCAUGUACUUCUUCAGCAACGAGCCAUGAGAAUAUUGAAACGAAGGCAAGAUGAACUGAAAACCGAAUCUGCUUAUAUUCAGCAUCUGACAAGUGAGAAUAGCAAACCAACUAAUGCCAGAUUGGAAGGUGAUGAGAAGACACAGCUUCUGGAAAUGUGUGAACAUCGAAGGACUUGCAGACGGCAAGUGAGAGAGCGUUCAGGUGAAGCUGAUCACCAUGAAGGCAUGUCGAGUGAUGAUGAGCUGACUCUGACGGAGAUGACCAAGUUCCAGAACAGUAAAGAUAACGUUUUAGAGGAUAGUAGGAAAAUCUUUGAAGAUGUACAUGCAGAUUUUUGUGACAUCAGAAAAAUCCUGUUGAAAUUCCAGGAAUGGAAAGAGAAGUUUCCUGAGUCUUACUGUGAUGCUUAUAUCAGUUUCUGCCUGCCUAAGCUAUUAAAUCCGUUGAUCAGAGUUCAGUUAAUAAAUUGGAAUCCUCUUGAGAAUUUUACGGAGUUGGAAGAGAUGCCCUGGUUCAGAGCUAUAGAAGAAUUCAGUGAUGCCAAAAACGUAUCUGAACCAAAGGAUGAUGAUCCUGAUCAAGAAGUUUUGCCUAGAGUGAUUGAAAAAACUAUUCUUCCAAAAAUCACAGCAUUUGUGAAGAAUGUAUGGGAUCCUCUAUCUACUUCACAGACAAAGAACCUUGUACAGCUUUGCAAUAACAUCUUUGAAAAACAAGUCCUUUCCAAAAAUGAAUGCAGUCGAGCAAAAGAGGAUUUGAUAAAUGUAGUUGUCCUAAGAAUGAAGAAGUCUGUAGAGGAAGAUGUGUUUAUUCCUUUGUAUCCUGAAAGCAGUGUGGAAGACAAAUCGUCGCUAUGUUCAAAAUUUCAAGAAAGACGUUUUUGGUCAGCUGUUAAGUUGCUCUCCAAUGUGCUUCUUUGGGAUGAGAUUGUACAAGAAGAUACGCUCCGUGAUUUGGGUCUGAGCAAGUUGCUGAAUCGUUACCUUCUUCUGUACCUCUUAAACACGCCACUGGGGCUGGAUAACAUAGAAAAGUGUGAUAAGAUGGUUGCAUGCCUCCCAGAAAGAUGGUUUCAAGAUCUUAAAGGUGGAUCAACUCUCCCUGAGUUACUGAACUUCUGCCAGCACAUGCUGCAGUGUGCACGUAUGCUACACAAGAAUAACCACAGUAAUGAAACAAAAGAAGUUCUGCUCCUGCUGGUGAGAAUCAAAGCUCUGCAUAUUGUUGAAGGCUUCAUUGAAGAGUACAAACUUGAACACCUUAAGUCAAUUAUCAGAAAAUAG